AUGCUUGGCGGCAACGCGACGGUGGUCAGGGAGUUCGUCCUCCUGGGCCUGGCCGGGCCCCAGGGGCAGCAGCGCCGGCUGUCUGCGCUCUUCCUCUGCAUGUACCUGCUCACCGUGGCGGGCAACACGCUCAUCAUGCUGGCCAUCGGGGUGGACGCGCGCCUGCACUCGCCCAUGUACUUUUUCCUCAGCAACCUGGCCAUGGUGGACGUCUGCUUCAGCUCCACCACCGUCCCGCAGAUGGCGGCCCUGGCGCUGUCUCACACUCGCACCAUCCCCUUUGCCCGCUGCCUGGCGCAGCUCUUCUUCUUCAUCACCUUCGUGAACAUGGACAGCCUGCUGCUGGGCGUGAUGGCCUACGACAGGUACGUGGCCAUCUGCCAGCCCCUGCGCUACGCGGCCCUGAUGCGCCCGCAGCUGUGCGCGGGGCUGGUGGCCGGGCUCUGGGUGCUCGCCGGGCUGCACGCGCUGCUGCACACGGCGCUCAUGGCCCGCCUGUCCUUCUGCGCCUCCAAUGUCGUCCACCACUUCUUCUGCGACCUGCACCCGCUGCUGCAGCUGUCCUGCUCCGAUGUCUCCACCAACGUGCUGGUCAUCUUCACUGUGGGCGGCCUGCUGGCCCUCACGCCCUUCGUGCUCAUCCUGGUGUCCUACGGCGCCAUCGCGGCCGCCGUCCUGAGGCUUGCGUCCGCGCAGGGCCGCGGGAAGGCCUUCUCCACCUGCGGCGCGCACCUGGCCGUGGUGGCGCUGUUCUACGGCACGGCCAUCGCCGUCUACUUCGGCCCGUCCUCCUCCCACAGCCCCCAGAGGGACACCCUGUCGGCUGUCAUGUACACCGUGGUGACCCCCAUGCUGAACCCCUUCAUCUACAGCCUCCGCAACAGGGACAUGAAGGGGGCGCUGCGUGGGCUGCUGUGCGGGGCCCGGGCGGUGGGCGGCCCCCGCCCCCAGGAGCGCUGA